AUGAUGACAAGCCAUGAAGAAGAAAAAGAUGACACAGAAGCAGCAACAGCUGGUGAAGUCUCCUUCAAGAAGACAUACCCGAAGGUUUAUGGUGAUGAAGAAUUAAACCCAGCACAAGUCAAUAGUACAGAUUUUCAUGUUGAUCAUUCAGCUUUUACUUCCCCCAAAGAACUCAAG